AUGGCGGACAUUCAGACAGAACGUGCAUACCAAAAGCAACCGACCAUCUUUCAAAAUAAGAAGAGGGUCCUGCUUGGAGAAACUGGCAAAGAAAAGCUCCCUCGAUACUACAAGAACAUUGGUCUGGGCUUUAAGACUCCAAAGGAGGCCAUCGAGGGCACUUACAUUGACAAGAAAUGCCCUUUUACGGGUAACGUCUCCAUUCGAGGGCGGAUCCUGUCUGGCGUGGUGACCAAAAUGAAGAUGCAGAGGACCAUCGUCAUCCGCCGAGACUACCUUCACUACAUCCGAAAGUACAACCGCUUCGAGAAGCGCCACAAGAACAUGUCCGUGCACCUUUCUCCCUGCUUCAGGGAUGUCCAGAUCGGUGACAUCGUCACGGUGGGUGAGUGCCGGCCCCUGAGCAAGACUGUGCGCUUCAAUGUCCUCAAGGUCACUAAGGCUGCUGGCACCAAGAAGCAGUUCCAGAAGUUCUGA